GGAAGCGGAAGCGGAAGCGGUUCUGUCCUCUUAGUUCUCGGCCUCGGGUUCCGUCCCCGCUCCCCGCCUCCUGCCCGGCGCCAUGAGUGGCAGUGGCGCGGACCCCGAGGUGGUCCCGGCCCCUGCCCCUGCCCCGCCGGGCCCGGCCCCGACUCCCACCCCUACCCCUGUUCCGACCCCGACCCCUGCACCGGCGCCGGCUCCCGCUACAGUCGAGAGCAAGGCCAGCCCCGCGGGAGGCGCAGGCCCCGGCCCCGGCCGGGGGGACACGUCUGACCGCCGGGCCUCGGUCCCGGUAUCUGCAGCUGGGGGAACAGCCCCCCCCGAAGGUGCCAUGUCUAAUGGGGUGUACGUGCUGCCUGGUGCUGCCAAUGAAGAGGUCAAGCCCGUUGUGUCCAAUACACCCCUGGUGGACUUCCUCAUGCAAUUGGAGGACUACACACCCACAAUUCCAGAUGCUGUUACUGGUUACUACCUGAAUCGUGCUGGUUUUGAAGCCUCUGAUCCCAGAAUUGUCCGGCUCAUCUCCCUGGCAGCCCAGAAGUUCAUCUCUGACAUUGCCAAUGAUGCCCUACAGCACUGCAAGAUGAAGGGCACUGCCUCAGGCAGUUCCAGGAGCAAGAGCAAAGACCGAAAGUAUACCUUGACCAUGGAAGACCUGACCCCUGCACUCAGUGAAUAUGGCAUUAAUGUCAAGAAGCCACAUUAUUUCACCUAAGCUCACCUCUUCCCCGGCUGGCCGGGGGUGUGUGUGGGUGUGUACACAUUCAGUCCCAUUCCUCAUUCCCCACCCACUCCCACACCAGCCUGUUUUCAUAAUAAACCUUUAUUGUGACUGAG